AUGAAUAGCCCCUCCGAAUCCCCAACGCAGCACACCCUCAACACCCCCGAGCUCCUCGAGCUCAUCCUCUCGCAACUCGACCCGCGCACCCUCCUCACCGUCGCCCAACUAACCUGCCGCACCUGGCGCACCCUCAUCCAAACCUCCCACCCGCUCCAGGAAGCCCUAUUCUUCCGGCCCGCCCGAGCAUCCCCCACCACCGCCGCACCAGAGAGCAAGAAGUUCAACCCGCUGCUGGCGUGGGCAUUCCCCGGAUUCUUCCCGCAGCGCCCCGGCUGCAGCAGCUCGUCGGGGGAAGCUCCCUCCGCCCGCCACGGGGCUUUCCACUGGCACACUCUCGACUUCGUCGCGCGCCCGGACAAACGCCCCGCCUAUUUCCGGAAGGAGGCCAGCUGGCGCCGGAUGCUGGUGCAGCAGCAGCAACAGCAUCCGCCUCUGCAGUCGGUGGGACUGAUGACCGCGUGCAGUGGGAUGAGUGGGGAGGAGGUGUGCUUGGAGAGUUGGAAUUCCCCACAGACGGAAAAUGCCUUAGAAGAUGGCCUCCGAAUGGAGACGCUCUUCGAGCUGUUGUUCUUCAAUGAGCUGCUGCGGUACAGUUGGUACGUCGGGGUGGUCUGGCGCGAUGAGCGCCGGGCCCCGGAGCAUGUGUUCGAGGAGUAUCAGGGCCGGCUGGGGAAGCCGGAGGUCCAGGAGGUGGUGGUUUGUGUGUUUGCGUCGGUGGGGUGCGAGGAGUCGGAUGAUGAGGAUGAGGAGUCGGAGGUUAGGGCGGUGCAGGGGGUUGUGGUUGGGGGGUACAACAAGGAGGGGCUGCGGACUGCGCCUUUUACUGGGGGGGAGGGCGGGUGGGCGAAGGGGGAGGUGGUGCAGGCUUCGGGGUGGUGGGAUUAG